AUGGCUGACUAUGGCGAUGCCUACGAUGAGGAGUAUUACGAUGAUAUGGAUGAGGGGAUUACGUCCGAGGAUUGUUGGACCGUGAUCUCCUCUUUCUUUGACACCAAGGGUCUGGUCUCGCAGCAGCUGGAUUCCUUCGAUGAAUUCAUCUCGUCGACCAUGCAGGAGCUGGUGGAGGAGCAGGGCCAGGUGACCCUCGAUCAAACCCUUCCUCCUGCCGAAGACGAAAUCGACCCCGUCGUUGUCCGCCGAUACGAACUCAAAUUCGGAACCGUCAUGCUAUCUCGGCCCUCUGUCACUGAAGGUGAUGGAGCAACUACAAUCAUGUUGCCGCAGGAGGCUCGUCUACGCAAUCUUACAUACGCCAGCCCCCUGUAUCUCGGUAUCACAAAGAGAAUCAUGGAGGGACGAGAGCGUCUUGUUGCUGAUCGCGAUGAAGACGAUAUGAUGGAUUCGAACGAAGACCGAAAGGCGCAGGGAACUUAUCUUUCAUGGGAGCAAAAGGAGUUGCCCGCUGACCAGGCCAAAGAGGAAACUGUCUUCAUUGGAAAGAUGCCCAUCAUGCUCAAGUCCAAGUACUGUAUCCUCAAAGACUUGAGUGAGCAGGCCCUUUACAACUGGAACGAAUGCCCGUACGACUCUGGUGGUUAUUUCAUCAUCAACGGAAGCGAAAAGGUCUUGAUUGCCCAGGAGCGCAGUGCAGGAAACACGGUCCAGGUCUUCAAGAAAGCUCCCCCGAGUCCAACGCCCUAUGUGGCCGAGAUCCGCAGUGCUGUUGAGAAGGGCUCAAGGUUGCUUUCGCAAUUGGCCCUUAAGCUGUUUGCGAGGGGUGAUAGUGCCAAGGGCGGUUUUGGUCCUACCAUUAGAUCGACUCUCCCAUAUGUCAAGACCGACAUUCCGAUUGUCGUUGUAUUCCGUGCGCUCGGUGUUGUGUCUGAUGAAGAUAUUCUCAACCACAUUUGUUACGACCGAAAUGAUACCCCCAUGCUAGAGAUGUUGAAGCCCUGUAUUGAAGAAGGGUUCGUUAUUCAGGACCGUGAGGUUGCUCUGGACUUUAUCGCCAAGCGAGGUUCUUCUCAGUCCAGCAUGAAUCACGAGCGCCGUGUGAGAUAUGCCCGUGAGAUUAUGCAAAAGGAGCUGCUGCCUCACAUUUCUCAAAGCGAGGGCAGCGAGACCCGCAAGGCGUUUUUCCUGGGCUACAUGGUGCAUAGACUUCUUCAGUGCGCUCUUGGACGUCGUGAUGUCGAUGAUCGUGAUCAUUUCGGAAAGAAGCGUCUCGACCUUGCCGGUCCUUUGCUCGCCAACCUUUUCCGUGUCCUGUUUACUAGAGUCACACGCGAUCUUCAGCGCUACGUGCAGCGCUGUGUGGAAACAAACAGAGAAAUUUACCUAAACAUUGGUAUCAAGGCCAGCACCUUGACAGGUGGUCUGAAGUAUGCCCUCGCCACUGGUAACUGGGGCGAGCAGAAAAAGGCAGCUAGCGCCAAGGCUGGUGUGUCGCAAGUGCUCAGUCGUUAUACAUAUGCUUCUACACUUUCACAUCUUCGGCGAACGAAUACACCAAUUGGCCGUGACGGCAAGAUCGCUAAACCCCGCCAGCUACACAACACUCACUGGGGCUUGGUAUGUCCUGCAGAAACACCGGAAGGUCAGGCUUGUGGUUUGGUCAAGAACUUGGCUCUCAUGUGCUACAUCACUGUCGGUACUCCCAGCGAGCCCAUCAUUGACUUUAUGAUCCAACGAAACAUGGAAGUUCUUGAGGAAUUCGAGCCUCAAGUUACCCCAAAUGCAACCAAGGUGUUUGUGAACGGCGUCUGGGUUGGUGUUCACCGCGAUCCCGCGCAUCUCGUCAAUACUAUGCUCUCUCUGCGCCGACGGAACAUGAUCUCCCACGAAGUCAGUCUUAUCCGGGAUAUUCGUGAGCGUGAAUUCAAGAUCUUCACCGAUGCUGGCCGUGUUUGCCGACCACUCUAUGUCAUCGAUAACGAUCCGAAGAGCGAGAACUGCGGUAACCUAGUCCUGAACAAGGAGCAUAUUCGCAAGUUGGAGCAGGACAAGGAUCUCCCACCGGAUCUUGAUCCAGAAGACCGCCGCGAGCGAUACUUCGGAUGGGACGGACUAGUCAAGUCAGGAGUUGUUGAGUACGUGGAUGCGGAAGAAGAGGAGACAAUCAUGAUUGUCAUGACGCCAGAGGAUCUGGAGAUCUCAAAACAGCUUCAAGCGGGAUACGCGCUUCCUGAAGAGGAGCACGACAAGAACAAGCGCGUGCGGUCCAUUCUGAGCCAGCGCGCGCACACCUGGACGCAUUGCGAGAUCCACCCCAGUAUGAUUCUUGGUGUUUGCGCCAGUAUCAUUCCCUUCCCAGAUCACAACCAGUCGCCUCGUAACACAUAUCAAUCUGCUAUGGGUAAACAGGCUAUGGGUGUGUUCUUGACCAACUUUGACCAGCGCAUGGAGACCAUGGCGAAUAUUCUUUACUAUCCUCAGAAGCCAUUGGCGACAACGCGCUCGAUGGAGUUCCUGCGGUUCCGUGAAUUGCCUGCCGGUCAGAAUGCGAUUGUGGCUAUCGCCUGUUACUCGGGAUACAACCAGGAAGAUUCCGUCAUUAUGAACCAGAGCAGUAUCGAUCGUGGUCUUUUCCGCAGUCUAUUCUACCGUACAUACACAGACAGCGAGAAGAUGGUUGGUCUUACUGUUGUUGAGCGUUUCGAAAAGCCGAUGCGAUCCGACACAAUUGGCAUGCGAAAGGGCACGUACGACAAACUCGACGAAGACGGUAUCAUCGCACCCGGUGUUCGUGUCUCGGGAGAGGAUAUCAUCAUCGGUAAGACUGCUCCUCUCGCUCCGGAUGCAGAGGAGCUCGGUCAGCGCACCAAGGCCCACACCAAGCUGGACGUGUCGACACCCCUCCGUAGCACGGAAAAUGGUAUCGUCGACCAGGUGUUGGUUUCGACCAGCAACGAUGACCUGAAGUUUGUCAAAGUGCGCAUGAGGACGACCAAGAUCCCGCAGAUUGGCGACAAGUUCGCCUCGCGUCACGGCCAAAAGGGUACAAUCGGUAUUACCUAUCGCCAGGAAGAUAUGCCCUUCACUCGCGAGGGUGUUACACCCGAUCUUAUCAUCAACCCCCACGCCAUUCCGUCUCGUAUGACCAUUGCCCACUUGAUCGAGUGUCAGCUCAGUAAGGUGUCUGCGCUGCGUGGUUUCGAGGGAGACGCCACUCCAUUUACGGAUGUCACUGUGGACUCGGUAUCCCGUCUUCUCCGUGAACACGGCUACCAGUCCCGUGGCUUCGAGGUGAUGUACAAUGGCCACACCGGACGCAAGCUGGUCGCACAGGUCUUCUUGGGGCCCACAUACUACCAGCGUCUGCGACACAUGGUAGACGACAAGAUUCACGCUCGUGCGCGCGGCCCGACGCAGAUUUUGACUCGUCAGCCUGUAGAAGGUCGUGCCCGUGACGGUGGUCUUCGAUUCGGAGAGAUGGAGCGCGACUGUAUGAUUGCCCACGGUGCGAGUGCCUUCCUCAAGGAGAGAUUAUUCGACGUCUCCGACCCCUUCCGUGUCCACAUUUGUGAUGACUGCGGGCUGAUGACCCCCAUCGCGAAACUGAAGAAGGGACUUUUCGAGUGUCGACUGUGCAACAACAAGCACCGAAUCUCUCAGGUGCAUAUUCCGUAUGCAGCCAAGCUUUUGUUCCAAGAGCUGGCGGCGAUGAAUAUUUCGGCUCGUAUGUUUACCAACCGGUCCGGCGUCUCCGUGCGAUGA